AUGGAAUGUUCAGGGUCUGAACAUUCCGCUGGGGAGGAAACGGACGGGAGUGGCCUCGCUGUGGGCCAAAAGAGGAUGGGGAGCCUGAUGGGAAGUGCGGGCUCCAUCACCUCGCUGUCGGAGUCGGUGCUGGGCAACAAGCGCCUCUAUUCUGAGGUGGCGACUGGUUCCGGCACCGACACUGAGGUCGGUGUGCCACGGGCACAGUCAGUGGCGAAGAGGGGCAAGGCCCGGGGUGCCUCGCACCUGACGAGGGCCCGGGCUGAAGCGAGGAGGAGUCAAGAGGAGGAUGCCGAGGCUUCCUUCUCGGCCUCUCUAGGGGCUCGGGCCUUCCGGAGGGGAGGACCCCCGAGUGGUGGGGACGAUGAUGUGGUGGUGGCCCCCAUUGAUGCGCGCGACUUUGGGGCCAUGGGUGCUGAUGGACUCAUGGCCACUGCGGUGGAGAGGCUGGGUAUAAUAACCAGCCUCGUCGGAAAGACUGCCGCCCUCAAGGGGGGCUUUAACUCCAAAAUUAUGCGGGCCUCCUCGGAUAUCAGGGAUAUCGUGGACACCCUGGUGGCGCGCAGCGAGUCGGACGAAGUUCGACGCCUUAAGGCCGAUAAUGGUCGCCUCCAAAGGGAGGUGGCCAUUAUGAAGGCUGAGGUCGCUGCGCUCCGCCGGGGGUUCGAGGAGGCUCGCCGUGAGGCUGCUCAGGCUGCGCGGACGGUGCAGCGGCAGGCUGCUCCAGUGGAGGAUGAGCUGGAGCAGAGGAUGGCCAGAUUGAUUGAUGGCCGUCUGGCAGCGUUAGGACUGGCUGGGUGUCCUCGGAGUGCCACUCGUCAACCUCUGGCGGGUGACAACUCCGAGGUGGCGAGGGCUGCAAGGACGGCCAUUGAUCAGGCCUCCGGUCUGGGUCCGGCGCCGCGGCUUGAGCAGCCGGUGGUGGAGUUGGAGGUUCGGGCCCCUGCACGCCCGGCCUCUGAGAGGCGGGGUUGUAAGGGGGUAGGUGCUGGGGGAGCGACAGAGUGGGGGCCCUUCGGGCCGUCGACCUCAACAGCUGUGGUCGACGAAUGCCCGGAGCUCCCCUGGGUCGAAGUCCGGGGGAGGAGGGGGAAGGGGAAGGGCGUGGGAAAGAAGUCCCAGCCCAAACCUGCGGAGCGACCGGCGGCGGCCCCAACAAAGGCCACUGCAACGGCGCCCAAGGCACCCCCCAGGGCGGCGCCAGCGAGGGCGGCCAAGCUGUCGGCCCCUAGCUCCUCGGCUGUAAUUCUCAAGUUACAGCCAGAGGCAGCGCAAAAAGGGGCCACAUACAGCUCCGCCCUCCUCAAGGCCGAGCAGGCGGUGAGGAGGCCCGUCAAAACCGCGGACUUCCGCGUGACGGGCCUGAAUGAUGCGGCAACGGCGCAGCGGAUAAAGGCUGCGGUCGCGCAAGCCGGGAGCUGCACGGAGGACCAGGUCUGGGUGGGUGAAAUCCGCUCAGACUGGCGGGGCUCUGGCUCUGCCCUGAUGCGCUGCCCGGUCACGACGGCCAAAAAGCUGAUCGAGGCGGGCAGCCUCACGGUAGGCUGGAGCCGGGUGCAGCUCCGGCACCUGGAGGCGCGCCCCAUGCACUGCUACAAGUGCAUGGGGAAGGGGCACACUGCAUCGCUGUGCCCCUCGCAGACGGACCGCAGCCGGCUCUGCUAUAGGUGCGGGGAGACAGGGCAUCUGUCCGCCUCCUGCACAGCGGAGCCCCGCUGCGCGGUAUGCCGCGACGCCGGCAAGCCGGCGGGCCACGUGAUGGGGGGUAGGGCCUGCAACCCACCCCCGAUCCGAGGGAAAGGACCGUCCCCUCCUCCGCGCGAGGGAAGGCAAGGGGAGGCGCCAGUCGGCCAAAUGGAGGAGUGA